AUGGAUUAUAUUAGUGGUUGGUGCAAGAGCAAUAGAAGAUUGGAAGGGAUAACGGUUAUUAUUACGGGGAGUAACACCGGGAUAGGGAAAGAGACAGCAUUAAAUCUUUAUCAAAGAGGUGCUCGAGUUAUAAUGGCCUGCCGAAAUAUAGAAAAAGCCAAUACCGCGAGAAAAGAUAUAGAACAGCUAGCAAAGACUGACAAGGGUACAGGCGAGCUAUUCGUGGAGAAGUUAGACCUUUGUAGCAUAUGUAGCGUGCGCGAGUUUGCUAUGCGCGUAACGUCAUCACAUGCGCACGUUGGGGUACUAAUAUGCAAUGCGGGCGUGAUGAUGUGCCCCGAGGGACGUACGGAGGAUGGAUUCGAAACACAUAUAGGCUCCAACCAUCUUGCACACGCUUUGUUGAUAGUCUUGUUACUACCUUCUAUGAUUAAAGGACCACCCGCUAGAAUUGUAUUUGUGUCAUCAUACGUCCAUGCAAAAUAUGAAUUGGAUUUAGACGACUUAAAUUAUGAAAGAAAGGAAUACAACGCAUUCGAGGCAUAUUGCCGAAGUAAAGCGGCGAAUAUAAUGUUCGCUAAAGCACUGGCUGAGAAACUUAAGGAAAACAACAUCAGCAAUGUGACAACUUACAGUCUACACCCGGGCGUGAUCCGCACAGACAUUAGUCGCCAUUUCAACGAGACGGUUGGAUAUGGGGCAAGAUUUAUAUUCGACGUUGUUAUGGGUUUUUUCAUGAAGUCACCACGUUGUGGUGCACAAACCACUAUCUAUUGCGCUGUCGAUGAAGGGUGUGCUAAUGAAAGCGGGCUUUAUUAUUGUGACUGCCAGGUUAAACCUUCAUCGACACAAUGUCAAGAUAGCUAUCAAGUUGCUCGAUUAUGGGACGAGACAAUGAAGGCAUUAAAGUUAAAUCUCGACAAAUAUAAUCCGUUUAGUGGUGAAACUCCAAUUGAUAAUGCAUUGAUAUAA